CACAUUGCUAGCAUAUCCUCCCUCCUUCCACACCUAACGAAACAAGAGAGCAAGCAAACAAACGCGUUUACUUGUCAGGGUCUUGGCUCGCCAAGUCCUCUCCCUCGCCUGGAUCGAAAUGGCGUCCCCGUCCAAGUCGGCAAGGACAACGACGUUCCCUCUUCCCAGGCUCCGGGAUCUCAUCGAGCACGACGAAGAAGAUGACUUCGUCGAGGAGGAGGAGGAGGAGGACGACGACGAUGAGGACUGGGACAUCAGGAAGCGCAUGUCCCUCCUCACCGUCGAAGGCUCCGACGGCGGUGACGCCGACGAUGAGGAAGACGGGUCGGCAGACGUCGAUGAGGAGGAUGAGGACGAGGUGAGGUCCGAUGGUCUCAACGGCGAGUACGAGAGCCAGCCCUGGCACCCGUACGAUAGCCCAGGAAAUCUGAAGCCUCCCUCCUCGGCGUCGCUACCGGGCACGCCGGAGCGCGGGGCGCCGUCGCAGUCGCCGUGGCGCUACUCCAAGGACUACGCCAGCGAGACAGAGGCGGGGUGGUGGCCCGGCGCCCCCCACGACAGGCGCCGGCAGCACUACCGGCGCCAGCGGAUGAUGCGGGAGGUGUGGCUCGAUCGCGCGUGGCAGAUGAGGAAGCAGCGGCAGCAGCUGGGCGAGCGCGGCGAUGAGGUGACGGUGGUGGUCGGGAAGGGCGGCGAGUCCCCUGCGCGGGGCAGCGUGGCCAUGGACACGGAGGAGCUGCGUGCUUGCAAGGACCUCGGCUUCGGCCUGCCGUGCGACUGGACGGUGGAGAUCCCCUCCUACGCGGCCCCCAACGUCGACACCGCCAGCAGCGGCGGCAACUCCCCGGCCUCCGGCAGCUGGCGCAUCUCCAGCCCCGGAGACGAUCCCAAGGACGUGAAGGCGAGGCUCAAGGUGUGGGCGCAGGCAGUGGCGCUGUCAUCUGCCUCUCGGCUCGGCUCUUGAUCCAGGGUGCAUUACAAUUUAUGAUCAGUUCUAAAACCAACACCGCUAUGUGCAAAUUACCACAAUUUUUUUUUCCUUUCUCCAAAUAACCUUGUUCAAAAUUUAUUCUGACGUUGAGUGUAUGUGUCCCAUUCUAGCACGCACUUUUCCAGAAAAAAAAGCACUGUGUUAAUAGCACUACCGAUGUAAAGAAAAACAUGCAUACGUACAUGGUUGUCAUAAGUUCGUGGGUAUUAGCUUUCCUUUUUUACAGUUCGCAUGUGCCACCCAAUGGCACGUGUAGUCAUUGUAGAUCGUUAAAUUUAUCUGGGCCAGCGAUUUGAAUGUGCAUUUGCUAGGCAUGAUUGUGAGUAAAGGCGAAGAAAACAGGGGGAAAAACCUGAAGGCGUUAUUCAGAUGCCGUACUUAUGAUACAAGGGACAUGAAGAGUGACAGAGAGUCAGAUA